CUUUAAGUUUGAUUUGUUAUAUUAUAAUCCAGAUAUUAUCAAAUGAAAUAGCACUUGAAGGAAACUAAUUGCUUUUUCGACUUAACAGACUCAAAACAAAGUAAUCAACUUCUUAAAUGUCGAUACGAUAAUGAAAUAAAAUGUCUAAAGAGCCCCCAGAAGAAGCUAAAAUUAAUCCUGUAAAAGCACUAGUGACUGGUGGUUUUGGUGGCAUAUGUAAUGUUUUAUCUGGUCAUCCAUUGGACACCAUUAAGGUGCGCCUACAAACUAUGCCGAAACCUAAUCCUGGAGAACCGCCAUUAUAUGCAGGUACAUGGGAUUGUGCGAAAAAAACAAUUCAGAGAGAAGGACCACUGGGACUUUACAAGGGUAUGUCAGCCCCACUUACAGGUGUUGUACCAAUUUUUGCUAUGUGCUUCGCUGGCUAUGCACUCGGAAAACGUUUACAACAAACUGAUGCUAACACAAAAUUGACGUAUACUCAAAUUUUUAUUGCUGGCGGUUUUUCCGGUGUAUUUUCAGCUUUCGUUAUGGCACCUGGUGAUCGUAUUAAAUCUCUUUUACAAAUACAACAGGGGUCUGGUGGGGAACAAAAGUAUAAUGGCUUGUUUGAUUGUGCUAUAAAGUUAUAUAAAGAAGAUGGAAUUCGUAGUGUGUAUAAAGGACUCUGCGCAACGCUACUCAGGGACAUACCGGCAAAUGGAACUUAUUUUUUAACUUAUGAAAUUAUAUCAGAAAUGUUAACGAAAAAAAUUGGUGAUGACACUACAUCAAAAGUAGCAGCAAUAUCAAUUAUUAGUGGUGGUGCAUCUGGAAUGACAUAUUGGAUUCUUGGCCUGCCAGCUGAUGUACUAAAAACCCGAGUACAAACAGCACCACCAGGCAAAUACCCACAUGGUGUACGCUCUGCUUUCCCAGAUCUCUUAAAAAAUGAUGGACCGUUGGCUUUAUAUCGAGGCAUGACACCUAUAAUGCUGCGUUCAUUUCCAGCAAACGGAGCGUGUUUUCUGGGUAUCGAAAUGAUGAACAAAUUUUUAAAAUUCGUUGUACCAAAUUUUUAAUUAUUUAUCCAUUUGAUAAAAAUGUAAAAAUAUAAUUUAACGAUCUAAACAGGUGUAUAGAUCGUUAGCAAUUUUUUAACCCUAAAACACACACCUGGGUCUUGUAAAUAAGUGAUGUUACUACAUUAAAAUUUUAGAUCGUGGAAAUUUUAGAAAUCCCGAGCAAUUUUAAUCCAUUUUCAUUGCUCUUGGUAAAGGGGUUCAGGAUUUAAAAGCUUACAAAGUUGACACCUACGUAAACACACAUUCGGGGUACCCGCGUAUCCACUUGUCAUUUAUACAGAAAAUACAGUAAUUUAUAGCAAAUAACAGGAGUUUUG